AUCGUCGCACUGCUUUCCGGCCGUCGCAAAGUAAGCGCGCAAGUACCUAAAUUUGACGUUUUGUGGACUAUGUUGUUGCCUCUUCGCGUUUUAAAUACCACAUCUGCUACAGUGAGUGGAAAGUAAGGGUUUGAAGUACUGAGGAAACGCAAGGAACGACGACCAACGAAGAUGUUUAAAAAAUUUGACGAGAAGGAGAACGUAUCAAACUGUAUACAGUUAAAGACAUCCGUCAUCAAAGGGAUAAAGAGUCAGCUAUUGGACCAGUUCCCUGACAUCGAGUCAUGGCUCAAUCACAUCAUGCCAAAGAAAGACCCUGUCAAAAUAGUGCGAUGUCAUGAACACAUUGAAAUCUUGACCGUGAACGGAGAGUUGCUCUUCUUCAGACAGCGGGAAGGCCCCUUUUAUCCCACCCUCAGACUGUUGCAUAAAUAUCCAUUCAUUCUUCCUCACCAGCAAGUAGACAAAGGUGCCAUCAAAUUUGUCCUAAGUGGUGCCAACAUAAUGUGUCCUGGACUGACGUCACCAGGUGCCAAACUCUACCCAGCUGAUUCGGACACAGUAGUUGCCAUUAUGGCAGAGGGUAAACAGCAUGCACUGUGCGUUGGCGUCAUGAAGCUGUCUGCAGAGAGCAUAGAAAAAGUCAACAAGGGCAUUGGCAUCGAGAAUGUUCACUAUCUGAACGACGGACUGUGGCACAUGAAGACGUAUAAAUAACAGAAGAAACACCCAACCUCCCUGCCAAAAUGUAUCUGUAGUGCUCCUGAAGCAGAUGUUUACGCUGACUUAUGGCUUUGUACCAAUUCACCACCGAUGUGCACGAAUUAAAAGAAACUUAUCUCAGUUUGAAUGAA